AUGACGGGCGAUAUUAACGAUACAGCGAGACAAUCUGCGACGGCGACGGCAACGUCCGCCCUGGCCGCGGCGGCGACGUUGGCCCUGGCUCUUCUCCUGGACGUCGCCGGCGUGGCCCUCGCUCGGCACCAGCAUCGCUCCGGGAAUCCCGGCCACAAACCGUCCGGUGACAUCUCCCUCUGGAUCGAUCAGCAGCAAAUUAAGAUGUUCAGCGGGCUUGCAAUGGAAAUAUACGCGAUUGCGGAGGGCCGAGUACUCGCUUAUCUUUUGGAUCCCGAAUUUGAAAAUAAACUGCCGAUUAUCCCAAGCGAGGUGUCACACGUGAAUUUCACGUGGAAGUCAGGAGUAAAAAAAUACUAUUACAAUUUUUUUCGUUUAAAAUCGUACGACGAGAGCAUCUUGAAAACUCCAUCGAUCACGAUCAAAAAGCAAGGACGAGUGCCUAAGAGACCGAAAGAUUUCAGCAUUCUCCUACCUUGCGCUGGCAAUUCGGGCAUAGCGCAAUUCGGGAUCAGUCUGAUGAUCGAGACCCUCAAGGGAAAACCUCUAAACGGAACGCCCCUUCGUCUCAGUUUAAGAAAAGAAUGCACCGUGCGCGAGCCUAAUCCUGGUCCCUGCCCAGAUGGUUACUUAGGUCCUAAUUGUAAAACAGCGCUUUGUUAUCCGAAUUGUAUGAAUGGUGGUAACUGUACGGCGCCAGGCGUAUGUUCGUGCCCGCCAGGAUAUCAGGGUCCUUACUGCGAAGGAGGUAUCUGCACAGAAAAAUGUUUGAACGGAGGAAAGUGUAUUCAAAAGGAUAUCUGUGAAUGUCCAAAAGGCUAUUUCGGCUUGCGCUGCGAAUUUUCCAAAUGCGUUAUUCCUUGUCUCAAUGGAGGUAAAUGCAAGGGCACUAACAUCUGCAGAUGUUCAAACGAAUAUAAAGGCAAUCACUGCGAAAUUGCAACCACACAUAUAACGUCACAACGUUCAACAUGUAGCAAGCCGUGUAAACAUGGAACUUGUCAAUCAAACGACACAUGCCUCUGUGAAGCUGGCUGGUACGGAAAGUUUUGUCACAAAAGCAAGCCAUGGGCUUAGAGACUAAUGAAAUAUCUCUUCAACGUUAUUAUUAUUCGUACCAACUGAAUCCUUUAGAAAGCGACGUUAUUCUAAAAUCACUAGAUGGAAUUACGGCAGAUUGUGUUUACAUAUAUAUCCUGAAUUGUACCGAGAAACAAAGGUCUAUGCGUUCGUAGAGAAAGAAUCUCGUGAUAUUAAAAUGAUUCAAAGAAAUUUGUAUUGUAGUGUAUUCUUGUUUUUAUUUGAUGUGAAAAGAAAAACGUUAAAGCUUUCACAAGAUUUAGAUCCAAAUCUCGAUUGGUAACUAGCGUGAUGUAAAAUUCAUCAUAGUUUCCAAUUUAUCUCUGCCUCAGAUGUGAUAUGUAAAGAGCUGCUUAUAUCAUUUUACAACAUUAUUGUAUUUAGUUAAUACUACUUUUAUACUGUAGAUGUAACAAUUGUAAAAACAAAAUAGGGACAAAAUGUAUUUUCUAUAAUGGUUUUAGAAAGCACGACUAUGAAAUAAUUCAGCAUUGUAGUAGUGUGCCUGUGAUGGACUUCUUUUUCCUAUACUAUC